AAUCAGGUAACAGCCUUAAUUAAGUAUACUGAGUUGGUGCCAGCUGACUUAAGAGCAGUUAUGGAGCUUAUCCUGUCUCCAACAACAUUCAUGCUUUGGUUAGCAAAGUGGCAGGAAAAUCUAGAGUUGAAACUUAUAGAUAACAUUCAUUUGCCACAAGGGGAUCCUUUACGAGUAGCGCCGUUAGAUGCCUUAAUGGGUACGGGUCCUUAUCGCGAUGGAGCUGCACAAGCAGCGUUACAUACCAGAGUGUUACAACAAUCGAAACAAGCUGGGUUAGCAGCUUUCUUGGCGCUACCUCAAUUGCAUACGCCAACCUUACCAUAUACAAAAAUUUUGCAGAAACCUAAUGAAUCCUUUUUUAGUUUUGUUGACAAGUUAAGAGAGGCCAUUGAUAAUGCUCCUAACGUCACUCCAGAUCUCAAAAUUAUUUUGACUAAAGAAAUCGCUGUACAAAAUGCAAAUGCCACUUGUAAACAACUUAUAGCAUCCUUACCCCCUGGGGCAUCCAUCACUCAAAUGAUAGAGGCAUGCGCAAGGGCUCCUUUGGUUGAGGAAGAGGCCAAGGCAAAAAUACAUGCCAAUGCUCUAGCAGUAGCUCUAAACAACAACAAAGUGCACGGCCGAGGGGAUCGGGGAUCUAAGCCAAAAUGUUAUCAAUGUGGACAGGAAGGUCACUUUAAACGUGACUGCAAAAAGAAUCUAGGAGGAAAGUCUUUGUUGAAUGGAAAUUGUUUGCGCUGUCAAAAAUUUGGUCAUAAAGCGGCCGAUUGUCGCUCAAAAUUUAAAAAAGAUGGUACACCCCUUUCUGUUCCGGGAAACGGGAACAGCCGCGUUCUGAGGGACGCGGCCAAGAAAUAUCCCCAGAACCCAACAAAGUUCAUGGCUGCCUCGGCGAGCUGUGUUCAGCCACCAGAGGAAGUGCAGGAGUCGAUUUGGCCGUGGCAGAACCCAUAAAUAUCACCGAUGAAAAAGUACAUGUACUUCCUUCUACAGUUAGUGGCCCUUUGGGUUAUGGUUUAUCUGCACUCCUUAUAGGACGCUCUUCUGCGUCAAAAAAGGGGAUUUUUGUCCUUCCUGGUUGCAUUGAUGCCGAUUAUACCGGACCUAUUGGAAUUAUGGUAAAAGUUUUUUCUCCACCUGUUCAUAUUCCAGCAGGAAGCACUAUUGCACAGCUCAUUCCAUUCCAAGCUACUGUCCCUAAAAAAGGAGAAAAGGACAGGGGUCGAGGUGCAUUUGGCUCAACGGGUAUGCCUAAUAUUGCCUUUUGUCAACUUGUUGGUGCCGAGCGGCCAAAAUGUAAUGUUAAGAUAUCUGGUCCACAAGGUGUAAUUCUUCCUAAUGUUUCGAUGAUGAUUGAUACUGGCGCUGAUGUUACUGUUCUUCCUUUCUCAGUUUGGCCUACCAUGUGGGAAUUAGAUAGUGCGGGUUCAACCAUUUCAGGCAUUGGGGGAAGUCGUCUGACACAGGGGCAGUGACUAAGUGGAUUCCGGCAAAAUGGGUUCGCCCGUGGAUUGAAAAUCGACCCACUGAAAA